CUAAGCGUUAGUGAAAUUUCUUUGUCGUCGUUUGACAUUGACCAAUGAAGACAAAUGAAAUAAGUGCUGUUGGCUGUGGUACUGCUUGGCACUGACAGCGUACAAAAGAUAACGGAGUGAGUCAGAGGGAAGUAUAAACGGUUCAUACCCUUAGGAAAUUAGAGUGGGUGACGCCAAGUGGAUGUAACGGAUAUUGGUUCGCGUACGACCUUGUGUUUGAAAUAGGUAAAUUAGUGAGAACGUUGCCAGUGUACGUUCGUGUGUUGUAUGAUUUUAAAUUAAUAGUGUUUGUAAUAAGGUCAAUUUGAAGAAAGGUGAAACACCAUGCCUCAGAAAUACAAGUUAUCAUACUUCUGUGUCAAGGCACUGGGAGAACCUAUCCGCUUCCUGUUGUCUUAUGGUGGAGUGGAGUUUGAAGAUUAUCGUUUUGAGAAAGAGCAAUGGUCCCAGAUCAAACCAACUACGCCUUUUGGGAAGGCUCCAGUUCUCGAGAUUGACGGAAAGCAGACCCAUCAGUCGGCUGCUAUUUGUCGUUACCUUGCCAAGCAGUUUGGUCUGAACGGCAGCAACGACUGGGAGGCUCUUGAGAUUGAUGCUAUUGUGGACACUCUUACUGACUUCAGACAGCAAAUUGCCAAUUACUACUAUGAUCAAGAUGAAGCUACAAAGGAGAAGAAAUGGGGGCCACUUAAAAAUGAGACUGUGCCUUAUUACAUGUCAAAGUUUGAUGAAGUUGUAAAAAAAAAUGAAGGAUACUUUGUUGGUGGGAAGCUGACAUGGGCAGAUAUUUACUUUGUUGGCAUCCUUGACUACUUAAAUGGCAUGGUGAAGGAAGAUCUAGUGGAAAAAUAUCCCAAUCUGAAGGCCCUGAAGGAGAAAAUUUUGGCACUGCCACCCAUAAAAGCUUGGGUUGAAAAGCGCCCCGAUUCUGAGAUGUAAGAAACGAAAUGUCGGCAGUACCACGAAGAUAAGUCAAAAUUGUACUCUUUCAAGUACUAUAAUAUGUGGUGUGAAGAUUUGAUUUCAAUAUUCUGGAAUAGUAUUUUUUAAUCAGAAUUGCAUCUGUUGUGUUGAUGGGUUUCAUGAAAAGAAAGUAUUUUCAUGCUUCAUUUGAUGCAUGUCAGUUUUUGCUUUACAUGCUAGAUUAUUAUAUUAAAAAUAUUUUUAAGUGUCAUAAUUCCUUUGUAUCAUAACUUGUAUACAUUAAUUUUUUUCACAUGAAGCAGUAGAUAACAUUGGGCCAGGUCAAACCUUUGCAACGUCCUGUGUGCGAGUAUGUACGCUUGAUACGUUGCAUCGGAUAAGUGUUACGUCUGAAACUGACAGCCUCGUUGCUGGUGUUUUUACAUGUUGACACACACGAGAGUCUGUUUCAUAAUGACGACUACAGCCUUCCCUAGGGACCACGCUCUGAACAUCCGUGUUAGAUAAAGCUUCAAGCUUUUAUUCAUAUGUAUUGAAGGUACUGCUUGAUUUUCAUUGUUAUGCAUAGAAAUAUGAAUCUCUUUAAUUUCUUUAUUUUUAAAUCACAAUUCACUACUUUAUGCCAUUGUUUAUUUGUAUACUGUAAUAUACAAAUGCUAUUACACAGUAUGAGGAGCUUUAUGCGUUUUGAAUUUGUCAUCAGGGAGCUGAGAAUUCAGAUAUACAUGAUAUUCUCCUCGUUACGUUGGUUUACGUUACGCACUCGCAUUUCUCAUAUGAAAACUCAGUAUUAAUACUCAGUCAUGACGAGUUUGUGUUUAUGCAUCAACACAUUUUGACUUUUUUUUACUAGUUCUUGAUGAUUUUCAAUAAAAUAUAAAGAGCUUAAGAAAGUAAUUACAAAGAAAUGCAGUAAUGUUGUACCUCAAGGUUAUUGUUCUUGUGUUUACAUUCUUUUUUGCAAAGUUCACAAACAUACCUAAUUUUUAUGUUAUAAAAAAUAUGUAGUCUACGUAACUUGUGGAUUUAAGUUAUGUAUUUUCUUGAGUGUCAUGUAGGCACAUACAUUAUAGAAAUUUUUGAGUGAUUACAGAAUUUAAAAUAUAUUUUCGAAUAAAUGUUGUAAGCAAAGGA